AACGAGGCUACCCUUGACGUCACUCUGUUAUUCCGUGAUACAGAUUGAGUUCAAGAUGGGGGGACAGCACUCUCAAUUUACGGAAGAAGAACUGAAAGAUUAUCAGGAACUGACGUACUUUACUCAAAAGGAAAUCUUACAUUGUCAUAAAAGAUUUUCACAACUUGACCCAGAUACUGUGAGGACUGACAAAAAUGCAAAACUUUCAUCAAGAAAGAUCAUGACCUUACCAGAGCUCAGGGUGAAUCCCUUUAAAGACAGAAUUUGUAGAGUAUUUUCAUCAUCCAAGGAUGGAGAACUAACAUUUGAAGAUUUCCUGGAUAUGAUGUCUGUUUUUAGUGAAAAUGCACCAAAGAGUGUUAAAGUGGAGUAUGCUUUUAGAAUAUAUGAUUUCAAUGAGGAUGAUUACAUAUGUGAGGGUGAUCUGAAAAAAGUCAUCCAGCGACUGUGUGGGGAUCAGAAGUUGUCCAAUGAGAAUGUUAAUGCCUUAAUUCAAAAGAUAUUUGACGAGGCUGAUCUGGAUGAUGACAGUCAACUGUCUUUUGCUGAAUUUGAACACGUGAUAUCAAAAGCACCCGACUUUGUCAACUCUUUCAGGAUCCGCGUCUGAAGACCUUCAGCCAAACACAGCUAUGUCUUCCCUGUCUAUGAACUGUCGUUAAUUUCAACAUAAAUGUAAAUUGUAAGGCGUAGGUUAGUCACAGGCAAAUAAUAUUUCAAUGCAUUAGGGGAGAAUCAGGUGUGGUUAUCUCAAGGCGGGUCCUUAUAUUGUAUUCUUAUGCACAGAUGUUUUGAAAGUAAGACUUUGUGGUUAUACAUCCUGCAGACCAAAACAUCUAUUUUUGCCGUUACUUUCUUGCCCCUGAUCGUGUGCAUUUUGCAAGGCUGUCUUAAGAAAUCUGACUAAAUAUCGAGCUCCAAAUAGAAUAUUUUUCUACACUAACGUAUGUGAAGAUGCUCAACUUUAAGGCAGAGCGCACUAUUUUGAUGACCUGUGUUACUGGUGAUUGGUCUCCAGGCUGUUUUUUUGUAAAACUUUAUAAGGACUGUUUAGUGAAAAUUCCUAGCGUGAUCUUCGGUUACGUGAACACGGUGAUUGGUAGUGAAGUUCAUUUUGUCUUUCAUGCAUCAGGACGCUUUAACAUUCCGUAUUUCUAUAGAAGCUUUGUAUUUGAACUGUAAUAUGAAGGCAAAGUUGCACUGAGUAAGAUUUUUUCGGCCGGUUUUGAAAUUGUUUUAUCUCAGAAAUCAACUUUUUCAAUACUCUGCAGUAGAGAGAGCUAUGGCGAGAACUGUAGUCUUCUCAGUGCUGUCAAACUUUCUCGUAUAAUUGAAAUAUUUUGCGUGUAUGCUUUCAAAUAUUUAGUGUGUGCAACACAUUUUUACAAUUACAAGAGAAUUUGUUUGGGAUACAUGAGGUAGUUGCUUAUCAUACAGACCAUUUAAGGUAAGGGACGUAUUUGUGAGUGGGUUUGAAUGCUCCUUUCUUAUUUAUUACAAGUGAAAUCAUUGUAAUAAACUGAACAUUUUUCAGAA